UGUCGUUUUCUGGUCUCAUUCGUUUUACUACUAUCCAGAUGAUUAGUUGUUAGCCUUUAAAAAAAGUCUGGCUUGGUUGCAGAUCUAGGUGAAAUUAUACAACUCUGUCACUAAAACACAUCCCCGAGACUUUAGGUGAAAUGGAAGGACAACGCUGGUUACCUCUGGAGGCUAAUCCAGAAGUAAUGAACCAAGUGAGUAAGAUGUGUCGGUUCUUGAGUCCUUUCUGGUCUUCAGCUCUAGUGAAAUGCAUGAAGUUUUUACGACAGUUGGGCUUAGUACCUAGCUGGCAGUUUGGAGAUGUAUAUGGUUUGGACCCAGAACUUCUUACGCUGGUGCCAAAGCCUGUGUGUGCUGUCCUGCUCCUCUUCCCUGUCACAGAAAAGUACGAGUCAUUUAGACUGGAGGAGGAAGCAGAGAUUAAGGCACAGAGACAGGAAGUGUCAUCAGAGGUGUACUUCAUGAAACAAACUAUUGGAAAUGCAUGUGGCACCAUAGGGUUGAUUCACGCAGUAGCAAAUAACCAAACACUCCUUGAGUUUGAGGCUGACUCACCCCUGAAGACGUUUAUUAUGCAGUCCUCUAAGAUGAGCCCAGAGGAAAAAGCAGCCUUCCUAGAAAAAGAUGAGAGUAUCCGUGUAACACAUGAAUCAAGUGCCCAAGAGGGUCAGACAGAGGCUCCAAGUGUUGAUGAAAAGGUGGAUUUACAUUUUAUUGCCUUUGUGAAUGUUGGAGGACAUUUAUAUGAGUUGGAUGGUCGGAAACCAUUUCCAAUAGUUCAUGGGAAAACCACAGAGGACAGCUUCCUUGAGGACGCUGCAGAUGUUUGUAAGAUCUUCAUGGCACGUGAUCCCCAAGAGCUUCGCUUCACUGUUGUGGCUCUCUCCAAAGCAUAAAACACUCACUUACUUUCUGUUUAUUGAAGAAGAAACUGCCAGCCAUUCGCAAAUGAUGUUUUCAUUCUUACAAGAUUGAAUUACAUCUUUGAUAAAAUGGGUAUUUGCUAAUAUUUUGCUGCACAGAAAGAAACACAAAGAAAUUAAAUGUGUCCAUGUACACAUUUAUAGGCUUUUUAAAAAAUUGUUUAAUUACUACUUGAAUUAUAACUAUGCCUUUUCUGCUCUGUCCUACAUACUGACACUCUAAUUUAAAUUAGACCAGAACUAAUUAGUGGUUUCUCGAAACACUGCAAAAGAACAAAUCAUGUGUGUGAAACAUGCAUAAACUUUUCUUUUUUCUGAUUCACAAAAUUCCAUUAAAGGUAAAGCUCUUUGUAAA